AGGCCACACACGGCUAGCAGUAUGCAUGUGGCGGCUGCUAAGCAGCAAAUCACGACCCACCAGCAUACGGCUUCGUGGAGCUACUAUCCCGCUGUGGAUCCGGCUCAAGCACAAGGCGGUAAAGCGGUAGUCCUUCAACCAUCGACCGGAGCUCAGCAAUCGACAGCAGCAGCGGCAGCCGCAGCAGCAGCAGCAGCAGCAGCAGGAACAGCUUCUGCCACAGCACAGCCUAAUCUAUUGGCCGCGGUGGAUCCGCAUGGCAAUUACUAUCACAUUCCGGUGCAGACACGCCACAGCUACCACGGACAGGAGGCAAUCUAUCAGAACUGUGCAAACCUUCCCCUGGGAGUGCAAGCCAGUGCCGUGCAGGUGCAAUCGCACCAGAUCCACACGCAACACCAGGCCGUGCAUACGGCCCAUCACAUCCACCAGAUGACGGAUACGGCCGCGUAUGGCAAGUUUGCCCGUAGUCCUACCCGCCGACCAGAGUCACCGCCCCCGCUACGGAACUACCAUCAAACGAUGGUCCUGAUACCGUACAACGCCGAGACGUACCAUCGCUACACGGCCCAGGAGCAGGAGAACUACCGACGGCAGCAUAACAUUGUCGAGUAUCAGCAGGUUACCCAACAAACGAUCCGUGUGCCGGUCGGGUACCCGCUACCCGGCAUGCAGCUUCACGUCGUUGCCGCCGGUGCACGUACGGCUGGGCUUCCACCGCAUUACUCCACCCUACCGAGGCUAGGCACAAACACGGCCCCCGUGAAUGCAGCGACAACCACCACAACCACGGGCUCACAGUCAACGGCCACAGGUGGUACAAUGCCACCGGCACCACAAGGUAAACCACCAGCGUACUCACAGUACCCGCCGACACAGGAUGGUAAACCGGCGGGAGUCGUCAAGUUUACGGAACGGGGAGCUCCCGAAGGUGCGGCCAGUGUGCAACCAGCCGAUGCGAACCAGUUGCUAUCACCCACUGGGCAGGGUCAUGGUCCACCCGGUAUGCCCUGUUCCGUGGCACAAAGCUCCGCCACCACGACAGCAGGAACGACCAGCGGUCAAGGGCCUACAGCCGUACCGGCGGGAUCUGUGAUGGCCAGCAACGCGGCCAAUGCGUCCGCCGGUCAGGGUGGUGCCGUAUUCUACGCCAUGAACGUUUGACAGGGCGAUUAGAUAAAGCUUACGAUACGCCUCGAAUCGACGGUGGAUGGAGAAGGACAAGAGCAGCCUGCGGGCGGUUCGGAGGCACUGAAGAUGGUCUCCAGUCAAUCCACCGUUGCCGCCCUCUAGCAACAACGAAGCCCGACCUCCAUGGCCCCUUCUUACCGGAACCGUAGUUUGUAGAGUGGUAUUUGGUUGGCCAGAUUUCGAUUUACUUUUACAACACUCGGCCUGUCCUGCCAGCAGUGGCAGCAGUUAGUGGCGACGCUUCGGUUUUGGUUCGGUUUCAUCUGUUUCAUAAUAUGGCGACGAUGGAAACGGCAACAGGUUCGCGCCCAGUCCGGCGGUCGAUGAUGUAAACGAAAA